CAACUCGCGACCGACCCGAUUUGCAUAUGAUUUGCACGCCAAGCGGAGUUGGGUUAUAUAUGCUGGCGUGAGCAGCCCCUCGGUCAGAGGUUCAGUGGUCGUGCUUGAGUGGACUUGGUAUAGAUUGGAAUGAUGGCGGGCUCGUAUAGUAACCUAGUGGUCCUGUCCUGCACCACGGCCGGUCAGGCGGCCGGAGACCUACUCGGAUCCGACGAGAGCGAGAUCGUGCACAUUCUGUGGUCCGUCGUGGAUACGACAGCCAACACGGUGUCGGUCCCUGUCCAGAGUCUGGUGGUCAAACCCGAUCACAGCGAACUUUCCGACGAGGCCAAGUCGAGGACCGGGAUGGACGAAGGAGCCGUCGCCGGUGGAGCGCCCAUCCAAGCCGUCUUAGAACAGCUACACCAGUCUCUCACCAACGGGGUCGGGGCACCCUUCUGUCUGGUGGUGGACGGUCAGCAAGCCAUGAGGCAGUGCCUUCACCCAGAAACGUGCAAGAAGGGCAUCAGCCUUCCCGACUACUUCUACGCCUUCUUCGACUUGAGACGGGAGUUUCGGAAAUUCCAGUCGACCUCCCCAGCGAUCAGCUCCGUCAGAGACAUGGCGCAACACCUUGGAUUGGACGUGACUGCAGUAGACGAAUGUCAAGCCAUGUGUCUGGUCAUCGAAAGGUUGAUCGGCUUAGGUCACAAGUUUACGGACCCUGAAACGGUGGACUACAAGUACGAACCGGGAACAUACCAAAAGAACGAGCUUAUUGAUGACGAUACCAUUCUGCGCGUGCGCGGUCUCCCCUGGCAGUCUUCCGAUCAGGACAUCGCGAGGUUUUUCCGAGGACUCAACAUCACCAAAGGAGGAGUUGCGGUCUGCUUGAACCCUCAGGGAAGGAGAAACGGGGAGGCGCUGGUUAGGUUCGCUUCUAAGGAACAUAGAGACCUCGCUCUACUCAGACAUAAGCACCACAUAGGCCAGAGAUAUAUAGAGGUUUACAAAGCCACAGGAGAAGACUUCUUGAAGGUUGCUGGAGGAAACGCGAACGAAGCCACAGCGUUCCUCAGGGACAGCGCAGCAGAAGUCAUCGUGCGCAUGCGUGGUCUUCCCUACACUGCCACUGCUGCUGAUAUUUUGAAUUUCUUCGGCCAGAGCUGCCCAGUUGCCGGUGGAGAAAAGGGGAUCUUGUUCGUGAGGUACGCCAACGGACGGUCGACGGGAGACGCUUUCGUGUUGUUCGAGACCGAAGCUUACGCUCAGCUCGCGCUAGCCAAGCACAAGGAGUCCCUGGGCAAGCGGUACAUCGAGUUGUUCAGGAGCACGGCGGCGGAGGUACAGCAGGUGUGGAACCGUUACCAGCAGUGUCCCCUCAUCCACACCACUCCCACCAUGAUUCCCAUGCUGCCUCAGCAGGCCAUCACGUGUGGGUCCAUCCGCGACUGCGUGCGCAUGCGCGGACUUCCCUACCAAGCGACCCAUGAUGACGUGUUAGCCUUCCUUGGAGAAUACGCCGUCUAUGUCCGGGACCACGGCAUCCAUAUGGUGCUCAACUCAUCGGGCAAGCCAUCCGGCGACUGCUUUAUCCAGAUGUACUCCCCUGAGGCCGCCCGACAGGCCGCCGAGAAGUGUCACCGCCAGUACAUGGGCGACCGCUACAUCGAAGUCUUCCAGUGCUCUGGAGACGAGAUGAACUUCGUCCUGAUGGGGGGUCAGUUGAACAAGAACGGCAUCGUCUCGCCUCCUAACGUGUAUGCGGCAGAAGCACCAGUCCUACUCGAUGCCCAAAUGUGUGACUACCUAGGCCAGCAAAUGACGGCCACGGCAUCCGGCCCGGCAGCAGCGGCGGCAGCAGCCGCGGUGGCAGCGGCGAACCAGUACCAGUACCCGGGGUACCCACCGCAGGUCCAGGUGCCUCAGAUGUCCAUCCUACCGCAGGGGAUGAUGCAGAGCCCGCGGGGGAUCCCGAGCCCGGCCGCUGCCACCUCACCCUACUACACCUCGGCGGCAGCGGCGGCAGCAGCAGCGGCGGCGGCAGCAGGCUACCCUCCCGCCAUGUACCCGCAGUACUACUUCCCCAGCCCGCCCGUCUCACCAACCAGCGUGGGCUAUUACCCGCCACCUUCACCGGUCCUACGCAUGCGAGGGAUACCGUACAACGCAGGAGUCCCUGACGUAGUCAACUUCUUCGGAGGUUAUCAGGUGCCUCCUGAGUAUGUGCAGAUGCUUGUUGACGUGCUGGGACGACCAACCGGAGAGGCCAUCAUCACCUUCCUCUCUCACGAGUUUGCGCAGAAGGCUCUACUGGAGAAGAACAGACAACUCUUGGGGAGUCAGCCUGUGGAACUGGCGCCUUUGGAGCUGGUCCCAGCACUGUAGGCAACCAUAGUGUUACAAAUUUAUUGUGUUAUGUCAUAUACAAACAAAACAGACAAACAAUAUUUCUUCAAAGCCAUUGAUGUCAGACCAUAUCCCACUUGAAAGCACUCUUGGAGACAAAUCAAAUGAGAGUAACCAAAAGUGUGCUUUUUGUAGAUAUUGAAUCGUAAGGACAAUCAUUAGUGUAGUGUAUACGAGAGGCAAGCUGAGCUAGCUUCCUCACUUGGCGAGUAAGAAUGAAUGAUUAUAUAUAGUGUGAUAUAUAUAGCGUGACUGACAAUCGUGUCUACGGCAAUUAAGCCAACAGAAUUGAAAGGAAAUUCAGCGUUGGAGUCGGCUGUAGCUACAGCCGACACUUUCUUGUAGUUUUCGAACUUGCUGUACUUUAUUAUGAUGUUGAUAUUUUAUAAGUAGAUAGCGUUACCUCUAUGCAAGCUUGAACUACAUCGCUGAGACGGUAUACAUGCUCCAAACACCAAUGCAUAUCCUUCACCGUGUAGUUAGUUUUGUUAGAAGUCAUUUGAGUCGUUGGAUGUAAGUAUAUGAAGUACUUGAAUGUAUAUUUUGCACUUUGAAUGGUAUAUAGACUCUACACCUUGUCACUGGACGCCAUCAGUGAAAAACAUCACAGGAUAUCAGAAAAAAAGAUUCUCUCUUAACUGAGUUACGCAGAGAAACUUCCAUUGGUCAAUCCUGUGGCGGUUCUUUAGAGAAGUAGCUAAAAUUUAUUGUGCACUAUACUUUGCAUCUUCGUGUUUUGUAAUCACGAAUUUCCUUGGCUAAAAUGCCGAUGUUGAAAUUUCAACAAUUUGCAGUCGACUUUUCCAAUCCGAUGUGCCUUAAGACAGAUUAUAACUCUUACAAACGAAGCUCUAAUUGAACAGGAAGCAAGCAACUAUGUCGUGCACUUAUGGGAGGCAUACUAUACACUAUCACAUCUCCCGAACGGUUUUAGCAAUGAUUGAUACGGAUGAUCGAGUUUUAUUGUUUUGAAAUGAUAUGAUUUCUUUGAGAUUAUUAAGCUUUUUUGAGCAAUGUUUGUAUAUCUUUUGCUGCAUACAGGUGUCACGAAAUAUGAUUUCAUGACAUAUUGUCAUAUCGAUGUUUUAUGUUUCUAUGUGAGAGACACCUUUACGCAUGUGCGCAUGUGCAAUACAUAAGGGAAAGUAACCAAUCAGAACGUGGUGUAGAUGUCAGCUGACUACCCUUCAGAUGUGACAUUCCGAACUCGAACAAUUUGGACCACUAGCAAGUAAAACAAGCAAACAAUUACACUAACAUUGUGUGUGAUAAUUCAUGCUUUGCAGUAAACAUAGUCGAUAUAACAUUUACUUGUCAAAGAAUGUUAUGACUCUGUAAUGAUACGAUAUUCAGACCUGUCCAUGACCACGCAUUAUAAGCCAUGUCCGUUUGUAAGCACCCCUAUUCCCGGAAAUAGUUAAUAUUUUCCCGGAAAGAACAGGGAGUUAUUUAUUGUGUGAACGCGUUCGUCGGCGUUGUUGAAUGGUAAACUUGCACAUCUUGCCGAAGAAAAUAUUUUUAAGAUUUGUAUCUCACUUUUGUAUAUUAGUCUGAAAGAAUGAACAAAAUAAAUAUGUUAAAUGAAGAA